CACUGCUCUAAAUAUAGAACAGAAGUAGAAGUUCUUAGAAAAGAAGAGAAAAAGAACACAUCCAUUGUAGUUGAUGCGGAUUAUAAUUUCUUACAUACCGAAUUGUUUGCAAUGACGACGAUAGAGAAUUUGUCCAAUGAGGUAAUCUACAUCAUUCUGCAACAAAAAAUCAUUAGCAUCGAGGAUGUUGUGAGCUUUGGUUUAACAUGCCGACGAUUUCUCAAUGCGAUCUGUCACAACAACACGCUAUGGCAAAUGAAAGUUUAUCAAAGAUGGCCUCAUAUGGAAAGAAUUUAUGACAAACGGAUACAAAAUAAAGAACGCAUAAAUUUUAAAGACGACGUAAAAGCAAGCAUAAAAUGUAGAAAUGAAUUACGAAGUCACUUGUCGCUAAUGUCCGAGAGAUUCUUUCAAAAGGACAAUUUUUCCGAAAGUGACGUGGAACAUUUCGAUGCACUAUUUUGUCCAAAUAUGGGCGCUCAUAUUAUGAAUUACUAUUUUCUUAAAGAUGAAAUGAUACAUAUGAUUACAAUGUCCUCACUAUUACCUGAUUGUAAUUUAACACAUAAAUAUUACAGCAGAGAACUUCUUCUAUAUUUACAGCAGCGUCAUACAAAGGAUGUAUGGCAGGAAUUUAUAAGUUAUCCCAAAGAACAGCAACUUUUAGAAGAGGCAGCUACUAUUGCAGCACAAUGGUAUCAACCUCAAAAAUAUGUCUUUUAUUUUGAGGUAGUAGCAUCGCUGGAUAAUAUUGCACAAUUGGUAUUGAAGCAUCUUAAAAAGGUACAUUGGGACCAUCCAAUAUUCUCAAUAUCCGCUAAGCAGUUUUCUUUUUGGAAAAAUAACAACAUUAACGACAAUCAAUGGAACAAGAAGGAAGAAGAACAAAUAAUAAAUAUGCUUCAAAUAGUUUUAUUUGACGAAUUAGGUUUCUCUGGUUUGGCUUCAAACGUUUUAUAUAAACUGGAGAACAUUCUUAUAGAUUGCGUUUUAGAAAACAAAGUUGGUGAUGCUGUAUCUCUGGCAAUAAUAUUCCAAAGUGUAGCAAGGAGACUUGGCGUACGCUGUAAUCUAGUAGCGUUUCCUACUCACUUCUUUUUAAGUUGGAAACCAAAAUCUAUUACAGAAAAAUCUGAAGACGAAGAAUGUUUCUGUAUUGACAUCUUGCAUGGUGGAGCUAUGGUGGGUUUUACCCACAGAAACGAUUGUCCCAGAACUCGUGGUAGAAGAUGUCCCAUCGAAAAUUUUAAUAAACACAAUGAGAUUAGUCCUACAGAGGUCGUGUUACGGAUGAUUUAUCAUUUACAAAUGGUUAAUCCUGACUAUCAACAUUAUCAAGACAGAACUCUGCAAAUACGCUCAUUGAUGGAAUUCCGCUAUAUGAUAAACCCAUACAAUAUAGACGCGAUUCAAGAGCUAGGUCGUAAUUAUAUGCAAAAUCAAAUGAAUUUAUCAGGUCUUCUAAUCUCACUACAAAAAAUACUGAACAGUGAGAUAGUAGCUAUAGAAGCAAUGCGAGCUGAAGAACUGCUAAAUAAAUUUAAACUUUAUAUGCAAAAAAAAAUGACUCGGCCAUCACUUGAAAAUAUCAGUCCGCCAAAGGUGAGAUGUAAUAUAAAAUAUGCAAUUGGAAUGAUUGUGACUUUCAAAAAAUAUGUGCCAAAUUAUGCAGGCGUGAUUAUUGGAUGGGAUAAAAUGUAUAAUUUAUCUAAUCCAGAGAAAGAUCCAGAGAAACUGAAGAUAAUCGAUAUGUUAGAAUCUUUUAUGUGUGUGUUACAACCAUUUUACUUUAUUCUUAGUGAAGACGGUAAUAAGUAUUAUGCUCCCGAAGAUUCUUUAAUAGAGACGUGUCCACCAAGAUGGAUUGAGCACAACGAGAUUGGCCGAUAUUUUUGUAGAUUUGCAAGGACCCAUUAUGUACCUAACGAAGUAUUAAAAAGACAGUAUAUGUUCGACGAACUUGUUCUCGACGGGCUUUAAUAAAGAAAAAUGGUUUAUUAUCUACACCUUUAGUCUUUUUUGCUAAAAUACUAUUGUAAUUAAAAAUUGUAAAGCACGCUUUUCAUUAAACAA